UUGUAUACCGGUUAUGUGCUGGACUUGGGUGGAAGCAUUUAGUUAGAGUUACUGCUCCCAGAAAUAGUCUGGCACUGAACUCCCCGUAAAAUGGCAAAUUGUUGUCUUUACACUUUAGAUUUUGUAGGGAUUAAACAAAUAAAAAAUAUGUGUUAAUUAAGCUAUUAUUGAGCUUUAGAGCUGCUGGUAGUCAGAUUAUGUUACUUUUUACAGAGCCAAGCUAGCUGUUUCCCUCUGUUUCCAGUCUUUGUGCUAAGCUAAGCUAACCGGCUGCUGCUGUAGCUUCACAGACAUAUCUGUCCAGGAAUUUUCAGGCAGGCGAGCAGCCAUGGUGAAGCUGGGCAGCAAUCUCUCUGAUAAGCAGGAGAAACAGCCGUCUGCGGACGACGGCUUUGAUAACAUCCCCCUAAUCACACCCCUGGAGGUCAAUCAGCUCCAGCAGCCAUUCGCAGAAAAGGUCAUUGUGAAGACGUCGACACAGUACCAGCUGCAGCAGAAGAAGAACAAGUUGUAUGUGCCCAACAUCAAGAAGCUGAAUAUCAACUUCUACAGUGAUGUUUCAGAGAAAGUGAAGAUCACAGGUCUGAUCCUCAUCACUUUGGCCUUUCUGACCAGCCUGCUCCUCCUACUCAUGUACAAAGCCAUGUGGUAUGACCAACUUACCUGCCCAGAGGGUUUCAUCCUUAAGCAGAAGCACUGCACCCCGGCAGCUCUGGAGAUGUACUACACAGAGCAGCAGCAGGAGCCGGGUGUCCGCGGCAGCACCAACGCCGGGCUGUACGCCGCCCUCAGCCACCUCAAUCAGGUCAAGAGGACUGGGCCUGAGCUGCCAUCGCCAUGGUUACCAGUCAUCAGCGCUCUGAAGGAGGCUGAGAUGGCCAAACAAGGCAGCGAGCCACUCAAAGGAGCGCUGGAGGGAGAGGAGUGAAGGUUGCUGAUAGAAAAGCAUGAUGGGAGGUAGCGUAGGUUAUUUUUGUGUGUGUUGGUGUGUGUGUGUUGGUGUGUGUGUGUGUGUGUGUGUGUGUGUGUGUGUGUUCAGGAUGUUUUUUUCUUCCCCCAGACAGUCCACAGAAACCUAUACUGGUGCGUCAGAACCUUAAAUAUGUCUGAAUAUCUGCCAAAAUCUGGAAUCAGCAACGUAAACCACAAGUUUACUCAACUUCAAUCCAGUUAUAUUCUGUUAAUAUUUAAUACAAGUAAAGACCCAGCUGUGGCAGUGUGUGUAUGUGUGAGGAUAUAUAUGUGUGUGUGUGUGGUGACUUGCUGCGGUUAAAGGCAGGAAUGUUAUUAAAGUGUGGGAGAAUGUGCCUGACUUUUACAGUGUUACUGAGUCAUGACUAAACUCUGCCAUCUGCAUUCUGUAUGUGUGUAUACACCCGUGUAGAACAACUGUACACUGUAAAUGCUUACAUACAUAUGAGUGCACAUGUACGUAGAGUAUAUACGCAUCUAUGUGCAGUGUGUGUGUGUGUGUGUGUACGCGUUGUACAAACUGCAUGACUUGCGUACUUGUCUCAGUUCUUGUCUGAGAAAGUUGGAGGUGAGAGAAGAGAAGCAAGGCGAGAGCACGGAGUGAGAAGUGAAGAUAACAGGUUUUAAUGAGAUUACUGCGAGUUUCUCCUCAUCGCUGCACCUCGUUAUCUCGCUGUCUAUUCCAGGGAAUGUAUGAAAUCAUCAGUGAGCGUGCUGACAGCUUAACCAUUAAGACGAGGAACUAUAAUUGACCAUUUUAAGUUUGCUGAAAUGAGUUGAUUUGGCAUCUUAUUAUCUCAAGAGUGCAGCUCUGUUGCACUUGUUUUAAAACAGACUCACAUACUGGCUCUGGAAAAUAUCAAACUAUCAAAAAUCAAAAAUUUAAAUCUCUGGAAGUUUUUUUUUGCAUUCUCAUUAUAGAUAAUUGUGUGUAUAAUUCCAAAAAAGCAAUCAGUUUUAAAUUAAAUGUAUCUAUCUAUAUAAAGUAAAAGGGUUUGAAUACUUUCCGAAGCUGCUGUAAAUCAUUUGAAGACUUAUUACAUAUGAUGUGAACUACUUCCUGUAACGAUGGAUAAAACUUGAGAGCGUUUAAUGUAUUACUACAAAAAAAAAAAUCGACAUUUUAAUGAUGCUGUAUGUUCAUAUGUGCAAACUGACUGUAAAAACUAACCAAUUAUGUUCCAUCCAAGUUUUGUUACUACGUCCUGUUUUUGAUUUAUGUCACUGUAAGUAUUCUGUAACGCUCUUGUACAGGAAAAGAACAUGUACAGUAGAACCACGGAGGUAAUGUAACGCUCAUCAUGACCCUUAUAUGAAUGUAUGAGUAGCUGCAGUAGAUAGGAUUAGUGAUUAUAAUGUACAACCUAAAAGCUUCUUCACGUUUUUCUAUUUAUUUCAUUAACAGACUAUUUAUCUGUGUGA